AUGUUGUUAAACAGUAUGAGGAGUUUUAAGGGAGAAUUGGAUGAUUUUCCCUAUCUUGGAUGUAUGCGGGAACAAGAAGUGAAAGGAGGAACCAUGACGUUUGCAGAUAAUAUAGUUUUGAUGGGAGAAAAUUUGGAAAAAGUUAGCAAUAUGCUUGAGGAAUGGAGAGUAACACUUAAAUCAGGACGAGGAUGA